UGCCACUGCCACUGCCACCACCGCCAUCGUCGUCGACGGCGGCCGCGGACACGAGUUAGUGAACAUCAGUUACCGGCCGGGGCGCUAUUGUAUCGCAUAACCGCGCGCGAUGACCUGACCGACCGUCGCGGUACACAGCUCGUUUAUCGCGUUGUACGCUAUCGUGCGACGACGACGACGACGAUCAAACUCCACCGACACAUCGCGCGCUCGCCAACAGUCGCAGCCGCAAGAACCGGCUAGCAAUGGACCAAGGCGUGUUCAAGCAAUUGGACGACUCGUGUUUCCCGCCAAAACGAUCUCCCGAUGCCGCCGCCACAGCCCCCGGCACCGAACCAGGUGCCAUCGGGCCAGAUUCAGCCAAGAUGACCUCCUGGGAUUCAUAUCUAGCAGUAGCAACGUUUCUAUCAUCACCUGAAGAAUUUAUGGGAUGGUUCGUCGGAUUCGUUUCCCUAUUCAGUACAAACCUCUUAAGACCACUGAGGCUAGCAUUAACGUCAUCUAAUAAAAAUGCAACUAAGAAUAGUAUGCUGUCGGUCAACGGGCCGAAGGGCACCAGACGAGAGGGCAAGAAGUUCAGACAAUACGCCGCAGCGCUGUCCACCACCAUCGGACCGUUCGCCGUAGGUACUGUGCUGGCAUGGACGUCGCCGGUGCUGCCCAUGUUGCAGUCCGAGAACUCGAGGAUCCCGAUUACGGCCGACGAGGGGUCGUGGGUCGGUUCUCUGAUCGCCAUCGGCGCCAUCAUCGGGUCCAUACCGGCCGGCAAGGGCGCGGACAUAUUCGGCCGAAAACCCACCAUCGCCGCCUUGGCAGUGCCGUUCAUCAUCAGCUGGGCAAUGAUAUACUUCGCGACCACCGUCUGGGAGCUGUACGUGGCACGUCUGAUUGCUGGUGCCGUUAUCGGCGGCGUCACCGCCACCGUCCCGAUGUACAUCGGCGAGAUAGCCGAGAGCUCCAUCAGAGGUGAACUUGGCUCUUACAUCCAGGUGAAGGUGACGUUGGGUAUAUUGUACGUGUAUGCCAUCGGUCCAUUUGUAUCUUACGAAGGGCUGGCUAUCCUAUGUGGAAUCAUACCGGUCAUCAUGUUCGUCCUGGUCCUAUUAGUGGCGCCCGAGACACCCACAUACCUGUUACGAGCCGGCAGAAGGAAGGAGGCGGAACAUUCGCUAGUAUUGUUGCGUGGACACGAAUACGACAUCGCCGGUGAGCUAGAGGAGCUGCAACAGCAGCUCGAGGAAGAGCAACAGCGAAGCAGCAAGUUCAAGGAUCUAAUAUCAUCUAGGGCUACGGUCCGCGCAUCAAUCGCCGUCAUGGGGCUGCUCAGUUUCUCGUUUUCGGGCAUCAACGUUCUCAUAUUUUACGCCGAAUCUAUAUUCAAAAGCAGCAGCAGCAGCAUAUCUCCGCAAGUCAGCUCAAUUAUCAUUGGAGUCCUCCAAGUCAAGUUCACGUUCGCGUCUGCCCUGCUGGUGGACAAGGCCGGUCGGCGUGUGUUGUUGCUGAUCUCUGACUCGGUGAUGGCCGUGUGCCUGGGCUGCCUGGGCUACUUCUUCUGGCUCCAGGAGCACGCCGUCGACGUGUCGGCGUUCAGUCUGAUACCGCUGAUCAGCUUGGGCGUGUACAUCAGUACGUUCUCGCUGGGCUUCGGGCCCAUACCCGGAGUCAUGAUGGGCGAGCUUUUCAGUCCGGACGUCAAGGGCCUGGCACUGGGCAUCGUGUGCGUGAUCGCGUCGCUGCUCGAGUUCGUCGUAGUCAAGAUGUACCAGAACCUGUUGGAUUGGUUCGACCACGGCAUCACGUUCUGGAUAUUCGCCGGGUUCUGCGUGCUGGGCACCGUUUUCGUGUGGUUCCUGGUGCCGGAAACCAAGAACAAGACGCUGCAAGAGAUCCAAAACGAGCUCAGUGGCAAGAAGAAGAACAACCGGAAGGACAACCCCAAGGGAAACAAGAAACACCAAAUGAUGGACUCGCUGACCGGCGACCAUGCCGCGAUCGUCUGAACACAAAUCAAAUAUAAUGCACAAUAUCGUUGUGCACGCGCACACGCAAUUUAAUUUUAUCACACGACAUGAGUAAUAUAAAUAAUACCUAUAUAUAUAUAUAUCUAAUAAUGUAAAUGUACAAUAUUGCAUAGGGCGUGUGGGUGCGUGUGUGCGUGUGCGAUCGAAUUUGACGAGCUGGGCGGGCGGGGUUUUGAAGAAAACAAUAUUUUUUACAAUUUUUUAACCCCAAAUAAUUUUUUUUUAUUUUUAUCAAAAAACUGUUUUAAUAUCAAAUACACUGAAAAAAACCGUUUUAUUUUUUUUUAAAAAUGCA